CUUAAAUAGUUAUAAAGAUGACUUUGAUGAUUAGUAAACUUCUUAUAUACUCUGCACAACUUAAUAUAUAAUGGAUUAUGGCAUUCUCUAGAGGUUCGUUAACAGAAGAGCAACGAGCUCGAAUAGAAGCAAACAGGAAGCGUGCAUUAGAGAGACUAAAAGCACGUCAGGGAGGUGGAACUUCUUCCAAUACUGAUUCAACAAAUCAUACUUCAUCCAUAAAUACAAAUGCUUUAGGUAGUUCAUCUAACAAUGGAAAAUCAACUAUAAAUUCAACUUCUAAUGGUGAUGGAUCUUCAUCUUUAGCUGUUCAAAGAGCAUCAACCAUGUCCCAACUACGAGAUUCAAAUACACCUAUUGUGGCUAAAUUUGUAGAUCCAACUAGAAAAGAAUUAACUAUUGAACAGAAAAGAAUUAUUGAAGCAAAUCGUGAGAAAGCAUUACAAAUACGAAAAAGGUUAGCAGAAGGAAAUAGAGAUGGUACAAUAAAUAAUUCAGGAGGAGAUGGUAUACGACUAGGAAGUAGUAAUAAUCAAGAAGAUUUUAAAGUUACUAAGAAAAGUUAUAAAUAUGAACCACCUCCAAUUCGAAAGAAAGAUUAUAUUGAAUAUGAUUUUUCAACUAUGAAAGAUAGUCGAGGAGGAUUUUUACCAGAUCAAGAUGAAAGUAAUUUAACGGAAGCUCAACAAAAGGAAGCAAUGGCACUUGAAGAAUGGAAAGAAAAACAAAAGAGACUUCAAGAAAUAAGAGAUUUACCUCCACCAUUAAAUAUAGAAGAUGCACCAAAAUGUUUUGAAUGUGGAUCAAUUGAAAUUGAUCCAAAUUUAUUUACAAAUUUUAAAGUUAGAGCUUGUAGAAAAUGUAUGAAAGAAAAGCCAGAAAAAUAUUCAUUACUUACAAAGACAGAAUGUCGAGAAGAUUAUUUAUUAACUGAUCCAGAAUUACGAGAUGUUAAUUUAUUACCAAGAAUUGAAAAGCCAAAUCCUCAUGGUUAUAGUAGAAUGCAAUUAUAUCUUCGAUUUCAAGUUGAAGAAUUUGCAUGGAAAAAAUGGGGAUCAGCUGAAGGAUUAGAUAAAGAAUGGGAAAGACGAGAAACUAACCGAUUAAAAAGACGAGAUAAAAAAUAUCAAGAUCAAUUAAAGGAAAUGAGAAAGAGAACUAGAGCUGAAGAAUAUACUAGAAAAUUAAGAAAUGGGCAUGAACUUGGGGAAAGACAUAUACAUGAUUGGUCUGCACCAUUAUCAAUAUCGGGACCACAUGAAAAUAUGAUUAAACGACGUUGUAUAGGAUGUGGAAUGGAAACUGAAGAAAUUAUAAUUUAAUAAACGUAAUAAAAUAUAUAAAAUAUAUAAAAAUAUAUAAAAUAUAUAAAUAUACUUUCCUAAUUAGUAUUAUGUAUGUCCC